AUGGGCUCAGGAGAAAGCACGACGAGAAAAGUGUCUUUUGGUGUGGACGAUGAGGACAGAGUCAGAAUUCUCCGUGGAAUCAAGCUUUCAGAAGAUGUUCUUCAGAGAAUGAGAGGUGUGGCCAACAUUCCUCCACAGCGUGUACAGAAAGAUACAGGUGCUACAUUCAGUGCCACCUCCAGCACUAAACCCCAGCAGAACCCCCAGCAACAUGCCCAUUUAAACACCCAGUCCAAGCCUAGCAAAACAGCUGCCAAAGUCCAGGAAGAACAGUGGAGGGCUGAUCACCAAAAGAGCAUUUUGAGAGAGGAGACAAGAAAAGGGAAGGAGGACAUGAUUAAGGAGAUGAGUCAGGAGAGGCAACAUACACGUGAGGAGGCUGAGAAGACCAGACACUUGGCUCAAGAGCUCCAGAAGAAAGAUUUACGACUGAAAGCACUGGAUGCUUUUUACAAGGAGCAAGUGGCUCUACUGGAAAAGAGGAAUUUGGAAAUAUACGCACAGAGCAAGGAGAAAUUUCACCAAGCUGCAACCAUGACAGAAUCCAACGUGAGGUCUCGGAGUACAGACGGCGUAUGUCCUGGCCUUCAGGCUCAGAUUUUAUCAUGCUACAAGGUGAAUGGACAGCAAACUUUAAGAUGUUCAGACCUGGCCAAGGAAUACAUGCGAUGCAUCAAUGUGGCAAAGAGGCUUCCACCUUGCACAGGAAGCUCUAUUGUGGAACUCAAGCCUCCUCACCCCCCGGUGGGAUAA